ACCUGCUCGGUGGAUUAGUCAUCAGCAGCUUAGAGCUUAUAAUGACUGUGGUAAUUCUUCAUUUCAAACACUCGGAGGUCAAAGAUGUAAACAUGUCUAGAAGAAUGCAAGCCUUUGCAAACGGACUUGCAUCCAUAACCUUCAAUAGGAAAAGAGGAUGUACAAGACAACCAAAGGUCCAUACAACAGAUUCGGACAUCAAGCCGACACUUGUGUUAGAAGAAUUUGGACAGGAGAAAGUCACUGAUAUUGAUGAAGAGGAAAUUGAAAAAGACUGUCACUAUACAUAUGAAGACAUUUCUACAAUGAUUGAAAAGUUGUCCUUGUUUAUUUUCACCUUAAUUACAUUUGUGUUCACUCUUACAGUGUCAAUGAUGAUCUUAUAUUGAUUUCUUCUGACCCUGACCCUCAGGCCUGACUUGACUUGUUAUAUAUGAUAGAUAACAAUCUUGAAAUGUAUCUACAUUAAUUGUUAUAUUACUGAGAGGAAUCUUCUGUUCUUUGUAAAAUGUUGUUAUCGUUAUUGUGUUACAUUUAUUAGAAUUUGAUAUUAAGUAAAAGAAACAAUGACACUUGG